GAUGUUGAGUUUGGAAAUUAAUUCACCAACUUGGUCUCAAUGUCAGACAUCCAGGACAAAAGCUCCAUCAAGGUCAUCUUUAACUCGGUUGCACCUUCCCAGCCUGGUGGCACCCCGUCCCCUCCCUACUCAGCUGCUGCCACCUCAGCAACUCUGAAUGACUCCUCAUCCCUUUCAUCUGCUGGUAGCUCAUUUGAUACAGACAUAUUGUCUUCUCCUGAGUCCACCUCCUCGAGAUCCACUGCUUGGCCCAUUGUUUUUCCCAUGCCCCGGUUUGCUUAUGAUACUCAGCUACAGCUGGACAGGGCCAAUGCUGCUUUUAAAGAAACUGGAGCUUUGUUGAAUCCUGAUACUAAACUUAAAUCUGCUAUUCUUGAUGGCUUAGCUGAAACGAUCGUCAAGUACAAAGUGUACCUCUCUGACAGGGAGUUUGAUGAGGUAGCAGAAGCUCUGGUAACUACACAUCCAUGUUUAAAAGAGCCAGGUUCAGUGACUGGGUAUGGCAGAUGGAAGACAAGCCUGAAGUAUAAACUUGCUAACUACCGAACAAAACUCCGAUGGCUUGGAUGCCCAGAAGUUACUGUGAAUGUCUUAAAACACAAACCUGAGAGCAAAUGCAGUCCAGCAUAUGGCGUAAAGAAGCCAAAAAAAGCAGAAGUGAAUUACUGCCCCACCUAUCCGGCCGGUGAAACAGCAGAGACACUAGAAGAGAUAAGAGUGGCACUCCUCUCAGAAGUAAAUAAGAGACACAAUGUGCACAAGUUGGCGGCAAUGAUGGACAAGACCUUUGCACUCAGAAGGCAAGAGGUAGUUGCGGAGGCCCCCAUGAUAGCUGAUUUCAAAACGAGGUGGCCAGCUCUCUUCAAUGUGCGUGAGGUGAGUGCAGAGUUCAAGAGAAUCACAACGAUCCAUUUGCAGUCAAAGUUCUUCUCCGAGCUUGAUGUGCACUCUGCAAACCUGAUGAAGGCGUAUGCCAAGAAAGGUGGAGUUCAAGGAAGAAAAAUCAAGACCAUCAUGGCACCCAUAACCCAGGGGUCAUUGCUUAAGAGUGAGGGGCAUCAUUUAAUCCUGAAAAACCUGCUCUGA